UGAAUAAAGUGUAAGUUGCGGACCCUAACUCGACCUGACCCGCUUUGGUUCCCAAGUUGACAAAUUCGCGAACAGCAAUCCUCAAAUCUCAGUUCCGACGUUCGUCCCUCUUGAAAACCAAACUGACAAAUUUUGAAGUUUGUUCUCUGCAAUCCCAUUCUUCCGACGUAAGUAGCCACUGAUUCCUGUGAUAAGGUUGUCUUUUAUAGCUAGGUAUUGAUCCUCUUAGAAGAAGAUGCAUAGUUGAUAAAUUGAUAAGCUUUUACAUAAAUGUUUUUUUCUUUUUUUCUCUAAAAUAACCUUAUUGUUAAUUUGGUCAACAAAUAACAAAAUGGGUAUUUUAGAUAAAAAUAAAUUAAAGAUGUGUGACAUAGACGCUCUCCUGUGAACAGGGUUUCAUUUGUCUUGUGAAGUGCCUCUUGUGUUGUUUAGUUACCUCCGAAACUGAAAUCUUGUUGUGUAGUUACCUCCGAAACUGAAAUCUUGUUGUGGCUGGUAUAAAAUGUUCCGCUGUACGAAGAGACUUUGUACCAAGAGACUUCUUAACCUCACAUGCGCUCUUUCCACUGAGGCGGGUGCCCAAAAGAUUGAACGCAUUGCAAAUGAGCUUCUUGACCUCAACACGUUUGAAAGGCACGAUUUUACUGUCCUCUGGAGGCUGAAGAUGGGUCUCCACCGCUACGGUGCUCCGGUCGCCGGAAACUCUCCAAUUGCUGUAGGGUCCCCGGCGGCCGAUGUUGAAGCCGUGGUUGAGAAAACAACAUUUGAUUUGAAGUUGGAGAAGUAUGAUGCUGCUGCCAAGAUCAAGAUCAUAAAGGAAGUGAGGGUUUUUACUGAUUUGGGAUUGAAGGAAGCCAAGGACUUGGUGGAAAAGGUUCCUUGUGUUUUGAAGAAGGGGAUCACCAAGGAGGAGGCUAAUCCCAUCAUUGAAAAGCUUAAGGGGCUGGGUGCUGCUGUUGUAUUGGAGUGAAUUACUAUUUCUUGGUUUUUGCUUUAGAGUUUUCUGUUAGUUGUAGAAUCAUUCAAGGACAUAACAAGGAGGUGAAGACUGAACCUGUUAAAGCUUUAAUAUAAAAGCUUUAACAGAAGGACAUAACACAGUGGAGUGUAUUAAAAACUCUGAUGCUGGAUGACCCUGUAAUCGUUGCUUUUGAAAAUGCUAAUUUAUGCUUU